CAGAGGGGCGGUGCUCGGCCACCGAGCGCGCCCACGCGGUCCUCGACGGAGCCGCGGCAUCCCACCGUGCGGCUCCCGGACCCCGCAUCCCACCGGCCCCAGGAUGGGCGCGCGCGCUUCGGGCGGACCCCGGGCCCCGACUGGGUUCCUGUUGCUGCUGCUGCUCGGGCUGCUGGCCCCGGGCGCGCAAGGGGCGCGGGGCCGCGGCGGUACCGACAAGAACAGCUACCGCCGCACGGUCAACACCUUCUCGCAGAGCGUCAGCAGCCUGUUCGGCGAGGACAACGUGCGCGCCGCUCAGAAGUUCCUGACGAGGCUGACCGAGAGGUUCGUGCUGGGAGUGGACAUGUUUGUGGAAACCCUGUGGAAAGUUUGGGCGGAGCUCUUGGACGUCCUUGGACUUGACGUCUCGAACCUGUCCCAGUACUUCAAUCCAAGCUCGGUGGCCAACAGCCCCACCCGUGCCCUCCUGCUGGUGGGUGUCGUCCUCCUGGCCUACUGGUUCUUGUCUCUGAGCCUGGGCUUCACCUUCAGCGUCCUGCACGUGGUGUUCGGCCGCUUCUUCUGGGUGGUGCGGGUCAUCCUGUUCUCCAUGUCGUGCGUGUACAUCUUGCACAAGUACGAGGGCGAGCCCGAGAACGCCGUGCUGCCCCUGUGCUUCGUGGUGGCCGUCUACUUCAUGACCGGGCCCAUGGGCUUCUACUGGCGCAGCAGCCCCGGUGGCCCCAGCGUGGAGGAGAAGCUGGAACAGCUGGAGAACCAGGUGAGGCUGCUCAACAUACGUCUCAACCGGGUGCUCGAGAGCCUUGACCGCUCCAACGGCAAGUGACAACCAGCCAGCCGGCCGGGGCCCCUCCUCCCAGCGCCCUCUCUGCGGAAACAAAAAAGAAGAAGAAAGAAAAGAACGCCAAACCCCAAGCAGUCUUAAUAAACGUGUCUGAGCAGGAGAGCGGCGCUUUGUGAGGGUGUUUCUGGCCACGUGUCGACUCUUAGGACAUCUUCCGGGAAGAAUGGGACAGGAUCGUUGAUGUAGAACUACCCACCAAGUGUCAUCAGUGGGAAAAAAAUCUUUUUUAAACAAAGGACGUAACCAUAUUAGCUGUACAGGAAGAGAAGUUUAUCUGUGCAUAGAGCAUAAAGUUAAUUUUUUCAAGCAUUUAAAGACACCUUUUGUAAGGUUUUUUAACACAGACAGAUCGAGUUAAGUUUUAAUAAACUUAAAACUUUACAUGGCGGGGAAGGGAUUGCUAAUUCGACCUUUUGGAAGAGUUUCAAGGCGAGCGUUUGUUUUUGCAGCGUAGGGAUUGGUGGGUGAGGUCUGUGUGCAGUCUUUUCAGGUUCCAAAGCUGUGACCUUCACUUCGUGUUGUUUUUCGUGGAUGUCGAUUGGAUGAAUGUUGUCGCUUCUGAAUGUGGGCCGUUGGGUUUCCAGGAUGGAACUAAACAUCUUUUGGAUCCUAGUGACCCCAGCCAAGCCCCCUUCAAUCCUAUUUCUAAAUGAAGAAAUCAUUAUUUGUAGAAAACCUAAGAUUUUUUUCCCCCCUUCUGUACUUUGAUCUAUUUUAACCUCAACGUUUUGUAAAGGGAAAUUCAAGGACCAGGCAAAGAAAUGUCUUUGGGGUUUGAUGCCAGAGCUGCCUGGGUAAGCUCAUUCAGGAAUCUAUUUGAUGUCCUAAUUUCGCCAUGUGCCACCCAGGUUGAUACAGGAAAGAUACGCUCUCUAGGGUUUUCUGUUUAUUUGUUUCAUCUUGGUUUUGGGUGACACAGGGCCUUAGAAGGAAAACCAACCAUAGCAGCUAAUAAUAACAUUUUCAAGUCUGUUGCUGCUUAUAAAGCAUUCUCAGGAACAAUAAGCAGGAAUAAGCCAGACUUGGAGAAGAUCUGAAUUAUUUUUCCUGAAAUUUUUACAGUACACGUGUUAGGUGCUUUUUGCCUGGAGUCUGGGGUGACCUCAUUUGUAGGUGGUCCCCAGGGGCAGAGAGAGGUAUGUGCAGGGCAGACAGCUGUGGGGUCCUGGAAAAAGGGGGCUUUGCAAGGCUCGGAUCAGGGGCUAGUGGAGAUGCCCCUUUCUGGGUACCAACAAGCACAGGAGGGCAAGGAAAGGAUGCCCCGGGUUUUGCUGCCAGGGGUCAUGACUGUCUUUCCCUGCCCACCUGCAUCAUGCCCUAGCAGCCCCCUCACAGGAGCCCCUCUACGCAGGUUUGCAGAGACCCCUGUCAGAUCAGGUAGAACCAAGACCUUUUGGUCCAGGUAUCAUUUUGGGGAAAACUCAGCUGCCUGCCAACUCCUCCUGUGCCGCUUUUCUGUGACGUUUUACUUGGGGUUAUACAAGUACCUGGAAAACGGAAGCAAAUGUUUUCUGAGGAUGUUUAUGAAGCUUCUGUUUUUAAGGUGCACAAUAACGUGACCCAGACUCUCCUGCAUUCAGUUCGCUUCCUGAAACACAUGCAUGUUCUCUAGAAUUUGCUUGGGCAAAUCUUUACCCGUGGGCAUUUGACCCCCAUGUUUUCUGCAUUGAAACCGUUCCAGUUUUGUCAGUUAGAUAUUUACAGACAAAUCUAUUUUAGCACAGGGUAUGAAGAGCUCCAGGGAGGUCAUCUUUGCCCUCUUUCCUUUUGUGCAUUUGGCUUCUGUGUAUUUGGCAUGUUUAGGUAUUCGCUUUGGUCCUGUUAGCCAGAAGGGAAAUUGACAUUCUCUGCACAAAGCUUUUAGGUCUUAAAUUACUGGUCUGGGUAUAACAUCCACUCUGUUCUCUCACCCACCCUCACACAUGGAAAUCUGACGGGCCCUGUGCUGUAUUGAGAUCCAGGCAGGAAAACCGUUUCAACUUCUAGUAGGUCGGGGAAGGCUCACGUGUCUAGGUGCUGGUGGACUCAGGCCACAGCAGCAACUGGAAAUUGCUGUCGAGAAUAUGCACCUUGUUUUCCAAAUUGGCUAAGGGUAGGCUAUGAAGCCAGUUUUAUAGUAGUUCAGUACACUGAAAGGAAUGAUGUCUUUAUUUUUAACAAAAGUUAAAUAGUUAAUUAGUUCACUAGAAGUAUCACUUCAGGGUAGAACAGUCCUUGAACUUCUGAUAGAAAUCAUGGAUGUUCGAUCUGAAUAACGCCUGCUUUUUCAUGCGUAAAUUUGACUUUUGCUUGGGCGUGUUCUUAACCCCAAAUAAUUUGGGGUGUUUUUUUUUGGCUUUCUUCAUUCCAUGGAAGCUUGUAGGGUAUUUGGCCUCCCCCAUGCCCCCUCGUCUCUUCCUUUCUUCUCUCUUUUGUACAUGGAGAAAUGUAUUUUUGUACCAUAUCUCAUACCUUGAAGAGAAACCUUUUUUAUAUCUUCAGGGCUGUAGAAUAUAUUAGUGUAACACAUCAUUCAACGUGGUAUGAAGACAUCCUGUCGGAAACUACCGUGGAUCUCUGUUUUAGUUAAGACUUCGCUUUUUAGAUGUCCUCAAGUUCAUCAACAUUAAUUUCCCAGUGCUUCAGUAUCACAGUAAAAUACCAAGAACAGAGAAUAGUCCAGAAAAGAAAAAGGACCAGCUGUCUCCAGAUCGCUGGAUUUCUGUGGAUGUUUGGGGAUAAUAAUGUUUGGAGACAUCUCUUCCUUGACACCCUAGCAAAGAUGCUUUCGUGGUAUAUCAGCCUUCUGUAAAUAUAUUUUCCAGCACCAAUCAGCGUCACCUGCCUUCUGGGGUUUGGGGUUGGCUCGUUUUUGUUUUUGUACCCCGUAUCCUCUCUGGUGACAAAGUGCAACAACAGAAUUUCCUGAAAGCUAGCCUCGUGAAUUAUGCCAGGGGUCUUAACUUAUGAAGGUGACCGAGUGACAGCACGGGAGGGAGGUUAGUGCCGUUGAAAGAAGGUUCUUAAUACCCACAGUUUCCUGGAGACGACAAGCAUACCAUGCCUCGUGGGACCACAGGAAGCCUGAUACACACAGGGCCAGGAAGCAGGCGGAGGGGAACUGGGUCUGUGCUCUUCGGACUGUGGAGGGAAGUAGCGGGUUGGGGACGUCACCUGUUGGAACGAAGGGUGAACGUGCAGGAUGGGGUUAGCGCUUGGGAGGGUUAUAACCGGACUUUUGCACACCCACGAGGGCCGGCUUGCGGGGAGGAUGAAAAUCACUUUGGCCGUCAGUCUGGCCCUGUGAUGCGGCCGCCUUCUGGUUAGGAAUGACAUGUCCGGUGUCCAGUGCAGAAUCUGCAACACGGCAGAGACACCUCCUCCCUCGUGGGAAUCCUGCUUUGCUUCAUCUCCACGCUUCCGGCUGCUUCCUAAGAUGCUUUCGAGGAACGA